AUGGUAUCUUGGUAUUCGAAAGUCAGUUUUGUGGUUCUCAGAAAUACAUGGAUAAUAAAUUUGACAAUAUUAAUAAGAAACAAGAUCAUGCCCAUUGCCCUUUUGUUGGUAAUAUCUAUUGAUAAGAAAUAGUACAGUAGAACUACACCUAUGACUCUCUUGACAAACUGAUCAUAUAGAUAGGAAGUCUCCACAGUCCUGAGUUCGCCAAAGAAGAACUUUAGUAUCAUCAGCAAAAGAAUAUCAGUAAGCACUAAUGCAAAGUUUCACAAUACAAGUAUAUUCAAUGGCUUGGUCUGUAAGGCCAUUGUGGUAUUAUAAAAGUCUACCUGUCUCUUAGACUCAUGAUGGCACACUGCUACUACUGAAACAAAUGAUGCGAGGAAAUAUAGCUUGACUCCUCUGGUAAUCUCAACCAUUUUUCACAAACUUUAAUUAUUAUAAGAACUU